AUGGCACCACCCAGCAACUACUCCACUGCUCCAGUCUCUGAAUUCCUCCUCAUCUGCUUCCCUAAAGAGUUGGCAGCACUGCCCCUCAGCCUCCUCUUCCUCCUGGCCAUGGGGGCCAAUGCCACCCUGCUGAUCACCGUCAGGCUGGAGGCCUCUCUUCAUGAGCUCCUGUACUACCUGCUCAGCCUCCUCUCCCUGCUGGACAUGGUGCUCUGCCUGACUGUCAUUCCUAAGGUCUUGGACAUCUUUUGGUUUGACAAUAAAUCAAUCAGUUUCACAGCCUGCUUUCUCCAGAUGUUCAUCAUGAAUAGUUUCCUGACCAUGGAGUCCUGCACAUUCAUGAUCAUGGCCUAUGAUGGCUAUGUGGCCAUCUGCCACCCACUACGAUACCCAUCCAUCAUCACUGACCAAUUUGUGGUUAAAGCUGCCAUCUUUGUUGUGGCCCAGAAUGGCCUUCUUACUAUGCCAAUCCCCAUACUUUCUUCCCAGCUCAGAUACUGUGCAGAGAACAUCAUCAAGAACUGUAUCUGCACUAAUUUGUCUGUGUCCAAACUCUUCUGUGAUGAUAUCACCUUCAAUCAACUCUACCAGUUUGUGGCAAGCUGGACUCUACUGGGCUCUGACCUCAUCCUAAUUGUUCUCUCUUACUCCUUCAUCCUGAAAGCUGUGCUAAGGAUCAAGGCUGAGGGUGCUAUGGCCAAAGCUCUAUGCACUUGUUGUUUCCUCAUGCUCAUCCUCUUCUUUAGCACAGUCCUGCUGGUUCUGGUCAUCACUAACCUGGCUAGGAAGAAGCUUCCCCCAGAUGUCCCCAUCCUGCUCAACAACCUGCACCACUUCAUCCUGCCAGCUCUGAACCCCAUUGUUUAUGGUGUGAGAACCAAGGAGAUCAAGCAGGGAAUCCAGAAGCUGCUGAGAAGGUUGUAA